ACCACACGCCCACUAGGAAGUGGCCACACAAUCUGAUCUCACACCUCAUCAGCUUCUCGGCAUUGCUCACGCUUCUGGUAUUCUUCCUUCGUUCUCACUACGAACCAAACAAAAAGAAUUCUGGAGAAAUGGAGCUCAGAAUUUUGUAACAGAGCAGAUUAUUUGCAGCGGAAAAAAUGCAAGUCUUGGCUUUUCAGAGACCUCAAGUGUUAGUAUCAUCAAGGAGGGGAAGCAAGAGAAGGCUUCCUCCCAUUUCUGCCUUGAUUUAUUCACUACCCUUCUCUCCUUUGGUGCCCAGGAGAGCUUUUGUACCAUCUUCAUCUUCAUUAGGAUGCAGGGUGGCAUCAAAGGUGGAUUUGGGAAGCAGAACAAUAAGAGCACAUGCACUAAAUGUCGGAACAGGAUCUGGUGGCUACGAAGAGAGAGAGGAACAUAACAAUCAAAGUUUCUCUCUUGAUGGACGACAACAGAGCGAUGCUUCAUCCAAAAUUGGCAGCGAACCAUCUCCUGGUCGAAUCCCUUAUCCUCUCUCUAUAUCACUUGUGCUGUGCACUUGUGCUUUGGUAUUUUUACUGGUCGUCUUCACAAAAGGACCAUCAUCACUCUUGCCGGCGCUUGCAAAAUCAGGCUUUACUGCUGCAUUCUCUUUGAUAUUUGUUUCUGAAAUCGGAGACAAGACUUUCUUCAUUGCCGCACUCUUGGCCAUGCAAUAUGAGAAAGUGCUGGUGCUUCUGGGAUCAAUGGGUGCGCUUUCGCUUAUGACUAUUUUGUCUGUUGUAAUUGGUCUGAUAUUUCAUUCUGUUCCUUCUCAAUUUCAAACAACCUUGCCAAUUGGGGAAUAUGCAGCUGUAACCCUUUUGAUGUUCUUUGGUCUUAAAUCCAUUAAAGACGCAUGGGAUCUUCCAUCAACAGCAGCUAAAACUGGUGAACAGGGCAACCAGGAAUCUGAUGAAUUUGUUGAAGCUGAAGAGCUUGUGAAGGAAAAGGUGUCGAAACGGCUUUCCAAUCCCCUCGAAGUUCUCUGGAAGUCAUUCAGCCUUGUAUUUUUUGCUGAAUGGGGAGACCGAUCAAUGCUGGCUACAAUAGCUCUGGGUGCAGCACAGUCCCCAUGGGGGGUUGCAAGUGGAGCUAUCGUGGGCCACCUGCUUGCAACGUCUAUCGCUAUACUCGGAGGCGCAUUUCUUUCCAAAUACAUUUCUGAAAAGCUGGUCGGAUAUAUUGGAGGAGCUUUAUUCUUAGUUUUUGCAAUCGCCACGUUUUUUGGAGUCUUUUAGCCGGAUCGCUGGAUUAUUGUGCAACACCCACAGGAGCUGAGAUACCGGACGUGUCCCCAAGCACGUUACCGGAAAUAAGGCAAAGGUAUUUUUGGCGGAUCGCUACACGUUCGUCCAUUCAUUGGUUACUAGGCUUGGGACUGGAAAGGUGAUGUCAUUAUUAUUGUUGUGGUUGUAACAUGAUGUAGGGAUGAGCAUACAGAUCAUGUAGGAAGACCUCAUGUAGUACUAACCGUGAUCCAUAAUUUUUACUGAUUCUUAAAUCUCAAGUUUUGUUCAUCUGUGUGCCAAUAA